AUGUGGAUUGAACCAUUGCAGGUGGCAGGGGCCCACAGUUCAAUAUACGAAGCAUAUUAUCAUCAAGUUGAUCCAAAUGGCUCGGGAGCGAUCCAAGCUCUGGAUGCAGCUCGUUUCCUUAAGAAGUCCCGUCUCAGCGAUGUGGUGCUCAGUAAGAUAUGGGACCUGUCGGACCCCACCGGCAAGGGCUACCUCGAUAAAGCGGGACUGUUCGUGGCCUUGAAGCUAGUGUCCCUGGCUCAGGCCGGUAAGGAGAUCAACAUGAGCAACAUACACUCUGAAGCACCUCCUCCUAAAGUGGGCGAAUUACCCAAAGUGCCGCCUCCAUCGUUGCCGCCCGCGGCGCCUCCUGCCCUCGCUCCACUGGGUGACUGGAGCGUCAAGCCGGCUGAGAGGGACAAGUAUAGUGCUCUGUUUGAUUCGCUCCAACCCAAUAAUGGUGUUAUACCAGGGAAUAAGGUGAAAGGAGUUCUCAUGGAAUCGAAGCUUCCCUUGGAGACCCUCGGGAAGAUCUGGGACCUCGCCGACCAGGACAAAGACGGCAUGCUCGAUAGACAUGAGUUUAUUGUGGCCAUGCACCUAGUGUACAAAGCAUUGGAGAAGCAUGCGGUGCCCACGACUUUGCCGCCCGAGCUACGCGCCCGGCCCGCCAGGCCCCCAUCGAGGCCCCCGUCGAGGCCCCCCUCCAGGCCCCCAUCGAGGCCCCCCUCCCCACAGACCCGGCCCCCGCCGCCCCGGCCGCAGCCCCCUCCACAACAGUCGAACGCUACCUUACUGGAGGGACUCUUGGAUCUGUCCAGUCCGGUGAGCGCGCCCCCGCCGGUCGCGGUGCAGGGUUCGGGUCCGUGGAUGUCGGCCGCUGAGCGCGCUCAGUACGACGCUCAGUUCUCGGCGGCCGACCUCGACCGGGACGGCUUCGUGUCCGGAGCGGAGAUACGCUCGGUGUUCCUGGACAGCGGACUGCCGCAGAUGACGCUCGCGCAGAUAUGGUCCCUGUGCGACCAGUCCGGGUCGGGCAAGCUGUCGGUGGUGCAGUUCCGCGCGGCCAUGUGCCUGGUGCAGCGAGCCCUGCGCGGACAUCCGCCGCCCGCCGCGCUGCCCGCACACCUGCUGGAGGAACAUCCGCUACCACCCCCACAGAAACCGGAGCCGGUCAGUCUGGGGCCUCAACCCACGCCCGAGAUGGAUGCUAUAGCUCGCGAGGUGGACGCGCUCGCCAGGGAGAGGCUGGCGCUGGAGGCUGAGCUGUCUAACAAACAGAGGGAGGUGGCCGUCAAGACGGGGGAGGCGGACAGCUUACAGAGCGAGCUGGACACACUCACGGCGACCCUGAAACAGUUAGAGAACCAAAAAGGAGAAGCACAGAAGAGAUUGAACGACUUGAAGUCACAAGUGGAUAAGCUGCGGUCUCAAGUGUCAGCGCAGGAGGCGGCAGCAGUGGAAACAGAGGCGGAGGUGUCCGCGCGGCGGGCGGCGCUACUCGGCCGGCAGCAGCACGAGCAGCAGCUGAGGGACGAGCUGCAACACGAGGAGAGGCGCGUGGAGCAGCUGACGGGGCAGCUGUCGGCCAGCGUGCUCGCGGUCAGCCAGGCGCGGAUCAAGCUGGAGCACCUGGAGCAGCAGCACGCGGCGCUGGAGGCGGCGCUGCAGGCGCUGGACGCGGGCGCCGGGGACCUCGCGCUGCAGCCGCUGCACCGGCCCGAGCACCUGGAGCGGCUGCUGCGGGGCAGCACGCCCAGCGACGCCCUGGAGGCGGAGAGGGAGGGAGGAGGGAGCGCGGCCACCAUGAACGGCUCCUUCGCCAAGUUCGAGGACUCCUUCACUCACAACGGUGACCCCUUCGCGCCCACGGACACUACGAACAAUAAGUCGUUUUCGUCGUUUUCUCCGGGCGCGGAUCCGUUCUCCGGCGACUCGUUCGUCCAGUCCGAAGCACCGGCUGCAAAUGAUAGUGCCUGGGAGUCGGAUCCGUUCGCAGUGCUCCACGCGCCGACCCGAGCGACGGUCAACACGGCCCAACCCACCAGCGCCGGGACCACGCCCAGCCUGGCCAAGAGCCACAAGACCCCGCCCCCCCGGCCCGCGCCCCCGCGGCCCAUGCCGCCACACAAGGUACCACCGGCAAGAUGA